AAGCUCCUUAAUCACAUUCGUAAAAGGCUUUGGCCUGUGUAUUGAUUUGUGUCGACCCUCAUAUUCCUUAUCCAUCUAAAAACGUCAGUACAUUUCUCACUUCAGAUAUGUCGUCUGUGCUACAGGGAAGAAGACGCCGGCCGCGAGAAAUCUUGCUCCCUAACGGCAAGAAGAUAAUCGUGACGCUGCCCGAGGAUCUCGAGGAGGUUCGCCGCAAAUAUCCCAGAGGUAGCGACGACAUACAAGUCGAAGUGGUUGUUCACGGCUCUGUAGAACACAGUCAUCAUCUUCGACAAUCGCGAGACCAUCAUGAAGAGCGCCGACAGUUGCUACGGGAGCAACAUGGGCCUGCCUUUGAAGAAUGGGAAGACGUCCAAACGCAGCUUUCCUUGGUGACUGCAGAGUUGGAGCGUUUGGAGAACCAAGCGUCGGGGCUCUACGGUAACUUUAGUAAAUUUGGUUACGAUGCUGCUAUACGAACAUACAGUGAUGAAGACCCUCCUAUCGCAUCUUCGCAUGCGUCAAUCUCAGAGAAAGUCCGUGGGCAGCGGGACCAAGACGGCGACCGGCAUGGAGAGACAACCAAGCUAUUUAAACGGCCUGUGAUCAGGCAAUGGUUUCAUCAAGGUUUGCUAUGGAGAGCAUCUGAACAAACGGAAGUUAUGGCUAUCGAGCUCUUCCUCGAUCUUGUAUACGUGGGCAUCAUCCAUUCCAAUGGCGAGCACAUGGCAGAAGAAGCGACCGGAUACGAACUACUCCGCUUCGUGAUUACGUUCAUUAUGACCUGGAAGAUAUGGACGGACAUUACUCUAACGCUUAGUUGGUUCGAGACAGACGACGUUGUCACUAGAUUGGAGGUUUUGUUUUGCAUCUCUUGCCUCAUCGGCUUUACUACUAACAUGACCCAUAUCUUUGUCGAUGAUCCGGCACACAAUACCUACGUGCAACUUGUGUCGUUCUAUCUCGCCGCACGAAUUUUUACAGCGAUAUUUUAUGGAAUAGCGGCUUAUCUCCUACCCAUGAUCAAGGGUGUCAUGAUUACCCAGAUAAUAUUCAUUAUUAUCCCUACCGCUUUGUGGAUCGCCAGCAUUCACGUCGAUAUGCCUGGCCGCCUGGGGUUCAUCGUACCAGCUCUGUUUCUUGACAUGUAUGGACAAGUAGCGUUCUUCACAAUAGUUCGAUACAACCAAAUUCAUGCCGCAGAGAGCGUUUGGAAAAGGCGUUUCGAUCGCAUGUUUGAGUUUUACCCUGCCAUCAGCAUCGAGCACAGGGUCGAAAGAAUGAACGCUUUUGUCUCUUUAGUUUUCGGAUAUUCCGUGGUCGCUGUCCUGUUCCAAAACCAAGGUGGCUACGAUAUAAAUGCGUUUCUAGGAAAGGCUAUUCUAGGUUUAAUGCAAGCAUUUACUUUCAAUUGGAUUUAUUUUGAUAUCGACGGACGAAACAUCAAUCUACAUGCAAUUCGACGCUCUCCGACCACCGCUGGUCUUUGGGGGGUUUCUCAUUUACCUUUUGUAAUGGGAUACAUCGUCGCCACAUCAGCUCUAUCAAGGCUGGUACUUGCUACUGACGUACCAGGCACUGACUCGAAUCAACUUGCUGAACCUUACAGAGACAGCGCCGAGGAUCAUUUCAACUCAGGCGUCCGCUUCUUCUACUGCCAUGGCCUUGCUAUCGCCCUUCUCUGCAUGGCAGCCAUAUCCUUUUCACACGAACACAAGAAGCAACCGACGCUUCGGUUGAAUAAAAGUAUUAGGCUCGCAAAUCGUAUUGCAGUUUGCAUCAUCAUGUUCUUCUUGCCGUUGGCGACAUCGCUCCGGUCCCUCGAUCUCAUUUCCAUCACACUAAGUCUGACGGUAUGGGUCCUGAUUGUCGAGCUGUGGGGGAAAUCGUGUACAGACGAUCCAUUUAUCGGUGAGAAAGACGGUUGCUGUAUAACGUAUUGUGCGAGAUGCAAAAAGUAUGAUGUUGGGGGAGCUGUUGGUUCUGAUGGAAGGCUUCUACGCGGGGAGAUGUUGGAAUUAGACAGGGCGGAGAAGACGGCGAUUUAGAAUUAUAUCAAGAGUAUAUAAAUAAAUAUUUGGCCAUAUUAUACGAAAAUAAAUGAACAUUAAUCGCUAAAUAUCUUUCACACGCACGCCC